AUGCUCCCUACGCGUCCGGUGAGCGGGUCCGCAGGGAUCCAUGACAUCGUCAGCUACCCCGCGCCAGAAGCAGCCCAGAUUAACGGAUUGCUCGUCGGUAGCAGUGACACAUUAGCGGCCAGCGCCACGCUACCCCCUCAAGCGGAUGCCAGCCUCUCGGGCUCUUUGGGUGGCACCUCGGGGUCGAGUCCUUCUGCGGUCGACCGCGGAGGACCCGUCCCCAAGCGUAGGAAGGGGAAUAAACCCAAGAAGCUGCCAACUUCAAGUGGCAAGAAGCCUUCGGCUAUACUUGACUGGACCGAGAGCAUGGUGCGGGAUCUGAUGACGCUGCGUUUUGACACCUACGCGGACCGCUUUAGCAGCGCAAAAAGCAAUGCAGCCCUCAAGGUAACGUGGCUUCUUCUCGCCACGGACAUGCGUGAGCGGCAGAAGACACCGAUCUCGACCGAGCAAUGCAAAAACAAGCUGAAAUGGCUGAAGCGCAAAGAGGAAGAAGUUGCAGAACCGACAGGGCUGGAUCUGAUGGAGCAGUUCUGGGCUAGCUCUGCUGGCAUGGAUGGCCACACACUAGCCGAUAGUGAAGCCGACGGAGGUCCACUCUUGUCAUGCGACGAGGAAGAGGAGGAGGAGGAGUUGGGGAAGCAGACAAUAGAUCAAAAGAACAAGAAGCGAAAAACCACAGGCGACUCGUUUGAAAUCGGGAUGCAAUCGAUUGCGGAAGGCUUUCAGGCCAUGGCGGCAGCCAUGGCACCAACUCAACUGGCGGAGACGGGCAUGGACACCGCCGUAGGUGACCUGAUCGACAGCCGCUUCCGUACGAUGAUGCAGCGCCAGGAUGAACAGUUGUUUCUUUUCCCUGUUGGUUUGACUUUGAUGAAUACGCUCCUCAUCACCGGAGUUGUAAGCACCGCUCAACUCGAAAUUGGUUGUGUCUUGAAAGUCUAUCAGAAGGUUGUGAAGAACCAAACAAGCGACGACGACGCGCACCGAAGCUCGAGGUGCGUAGUUGGUAGCUUUAUGGGCAUCCCUGUGGAACAUCAAGCCACACACGAGAGCGGCACUAGCAGCUACGGUAUGAGCAGCAAGAGCAACAACUUGGGGCUGGCUUGCGACCUCAAGUAA